GGACGCAUUGACCGCCGUGCGGACGUCUGGAUUUUUUGUCAUUACGAAAUAAGAAUUUCGAGUAAUAUUUAUUGUGCUUGUGAACAAAUUUGUGAAGUAAAACUAGUGUGAGCUAUUUCUCAUCACCCACCACAUUUGCAAAGUGAUCCCAAAACGCUGAAUCAGCUAUAAAAAUGUCUAAACGCGCUCGCUUCGGUGAGGAUGAGGACAAUCCGCCCACGCCUUCUGACGACUCUGACUUCGAUGAUGAUGAGGAUCCAGACAAUUUGGAAGUUCCAGGCGGCGGCAAGACCCUGGCAGCGGCAGCCCGCAUGGGGCAGACGGGCGCCAAGGUUAAGGGAACCCCGGCCCCCGUGCAGGUCACCGUCAAACCCACCACUAAUCCGUUGGCUGCGGCGUCAGGACUAGCGUUCGGACAAGCGGCCAACGUCAAGCCUAUCAAGAUAUCCGCCAGCCAGAUCACCAAGCCUCUCAACAUGGGAAUGGGGCGCGGCAUGGAAAUGGUGGGCACUAUGCCCGGCAUGAACUCGUACCUGCUACAAAACCUGAACCAGAUACUGGCGUCCGGCAUGGGAGGGCCUCUAGCGGGCAUGCUUGGGCAGUUUGCGCAGCUACCGCCCUGGGGACAACCCAAGGCCGCUGGCAUGUGGCAGCCUGACAAGAUGCCCGGAGACGAAGAAGAAGUCGAUGAUGAAGAGAUGGGAGUCGCUGAAACAUACGCAGAUUAUAUGCCUCCAAAAUUAAAACUCGGCCGCAAGCACCCCGACCCAGUCGUCGAGACGGCAUCGCUUUCGUCUGUGGAGCCUGUGGACGUGACGUACAAGCUCAGCCUGCCGGACGAGACCAUCCGCAACGGGCUGCUGUCGGCGCUGCAGCUGGAGGCCGUGGUCUACGCCUCGCAGGCGCACGAGCACAAGCUGCCCGACGGCUCCCGGGCCGGGUUCCUUAUCGGCGACGGUGCCGGCGUGGGCAAAGGUCGCACGAUCGCGGGCAUCAUCUUCGAGAACUACCUGAAGGGCCGCAAGCGCGCCAUCUGGGUCUCAGUGUCCAACGACCUGAAGUACGACGCGGAGAGGGAUCUGAGGGACAUCGGCGCGGGAAAGAUUGAGGUCCAUCCGUUGAACAAGUUCAAAUACGCCAAGAUCUCAUCAGCGGUCAACGGCAACGUCAAGAAAGGCGUGGUCUUCUGCACAUACUCGGCGCUCAUCGGCGAGACGCAGUCCACAAGCAACAAGUAUAGGACGCGACUCAAGCAGCUGUUACAGUGGUGCGGCGAGGACUUCGACGGACUUAUCGUAUUCGACGAGUGCCACAAGGCCAAGAACCUCUGCCCGGUGGGCUCGGGCAAGGCCACGAAGACAGGGCUGACGGCGCUGGAGCUGCAGACGCGGCUGCCGGGCGCGCGCGUGGUGUACGCGUCCGCCACCGGCGCCUCGGAGCCGCGCAACAUGGCCUACAUGGUGCGCCUGGGCAUCUGGGGCGAGGGCACGCCCUUCCCCACCUUCAUGGACUUCAUCAACGCUGUCGAGAAGAGGGGCGUGGGCGCCAUGGAGAUCGUAGCCAUGGACAUGAAACUCCGGGGCAUGUACAUCGCGCGCCAGCUGUCCUUCCACGGCGUCACCUUCAAGAUCGAGGAGGUGCCGCUGUCGGAGUCCUUCAAGGACACCUACGACAAGUCUGUCGCGCUGUGGGUGGAAGCGAUGCAGCGGUUCACAGAGGCGGCGGAACUGAUCGACGCAGAAUCCCGCAUGAAGAAGACCAUGUGGGGACAGUUCUGGUCCUCGCACCAGCGCUUCUUCAAGUACCUGUGUAUUGCUGCUAAGGUCAACCACGCAGUAGUGACGGCGCGUGAAGCGGUCAAGUGCGGCAAAUGCGUGGUCAUCGGUCUACAAAGCACGGGCGAGGCGCGCACCCUGGACCAGCUCGAGCGCGACGACGGCGAGCUCACGGACUUCGUGUCCACCGCCAAGGGCGUAUUCCAGACACUAGUGGAGAAGCACUUCCCCGCUCCAGACAGGGACCGCAUCAGUCGUUUGUUGGGGCUCGAGCCGCCGCCGCGCGCUAAGCCGCAGGUCAACGGGACCUCGCACGAAGCAGACAACGCUUCCAAGAGGAAAUUGACAGCUCGUCAGCAAGUGAACGCGGCCAACAAGCGCGCGCGGCCCGCGUCGGACGACGACGAGUGGCUGCGCGGCUCCGACGACGAGCUGGAGCCCGACUCCGACGACGCGCGCCGCUCCGACUCCGACCAGAGCGACUCCAACCCCUUCCGCUGCGGCAGCGACAGCGACGACGAACCAUGGCUCUGCCGCAAGAAGAAAGUGUCCAAGAAGAAGAAGGCGCCUCCCAAGAAGAAAGCUUCCUCCACGCAGGAUAAGAUAGAGACCAUGCUGGAGCGUAAGAGCACGACUGCUCCCAGCACAGUGACGGUGGCCGCGCCUGGUGGACGCACGCUCACCGGCACGCCUGUGGGCACCAACGGGCUCUACUUGGGGUCCAAGAAGAAGGCUUCCUCCACGCAGGACAAGAUAGAGACGAUGCUGGAGCGUAAGAGCACGACUGCUCCCAGCACAGUGACGGUGGCCGCGCCUGCUGGACGCACGCUCACCGGCACGCCUGUGGGCACCAACGGGCUCUACUUGGGGUCCAAGAAGAAGGCUUCCUCCACGCAGGACAAGAUAGAGACGAUGCUGGAGCGUAAGAGCACGACUGCUCCCAGCACAGUGACGGUGGCCGCGCCUGGUGGACGCACGCUCACCGGCACGCCUGUGGGCACCAACGGGCUCUACUUGGGGUCCAAGAAGAAGGCUUCCUCCACGCAGGACAAGAUAGAGACGAUGCUGGAGCGUAAGAGCACGACUGCUCCCAGCACAGUGACGGUGGCCGCGCCUGGUGGACGCACGCUCACCGGCACGCCUGUGGGCACCAACGGGCUCUACUUGGGUACAAAGAAGAAGGCUUCCUCCACGCAGGACAAGGUAGAGACCAUGCUGGAGCGUAAGAGCACGACUGCUCCCAGCACAGUGCCGGUGGCCGCGCCUGGUGGACGCACGCUCACCGGCACGCCUGUGGGCACCAACGGGCUCUACUUGGGUACAAAGAAGAAGGCUUCCUCCACGCAGGACAAGGUAGAGACCAUGCUGGAGCGUAAGAGCACGACUGCUCCCAGCACAGUGCCGGUGGCCGCGCCUGGUGGACGCACGCUCACCGGCACGCCUGUGGGCACCAACGGGCUCUACUUGGGCCCGGCCCGCAGUCAGCCACCGCCGCGUUCGGCCAUCGAGCGCGCCUGCAGCAUGAAGGAGGAGCUACUGGCCGCCAUCGAGCGCCUGGGCCGCCGCCUGCCGCCCAACACGCUGGACCAGCUCGUCGACGAGCUGGGCGGCACCGACAACGUGGCCGAGAUGACAGGUCGCAAAGGCCGCGUGGUGCAGACGGAAGACGGACAGAUCCUCUACGAGAGCCGCUCGGAAGCGGACGUGCCGCUCGAGACCUUGAACUUGACGGAGAAGCAGCGCUUCAUGGACGGAGAGAAGGACGUGGCCAUUAUCUCAGAAGCCGCUUCCAGCGGUAUUUCGCUGCAGAGUGAUAGACGUGCAAGAAACCAAAGGCGGAGAGUACACAUCACAUUAGAGUUACCCUGGUCAGCUGACAGAGCUAUACAGCAGUUCGGUCGUACUCACCGGUCGAACCAGGUCAACGCGCCGGAGUACAUAUUCCUGAUCUCCGACCUGGCCGGCGAGCGGCGCUUCGCCUGCACCGUGGCCAAGCGCCUCGAGUCGCUCGGCGCGCUCACGCACGGCGACCGCCGCGCCACCGAGACCAGGGACCUCAGCCAGUUCAACAUCGACAAUAAAUACGGUCGCACAGCGCUAGAAGCAGUGAUGAAAGCGAUCAUGAAGUACGAGACGCCGCUCGUGCCGCCGCCGCGCGACUACCGCGGCGACUUCUUCCAGGACGUGGCGUCGGCGCUGGUCGGCGUCGGGCUCAUCGUCAACAGCGAGGCCGCGCCCGGCGUGCUGCAGCUCGACAAGGACUACAACAACAUGUCGAAGUUCCUGAACAGGAUACUGGGAAUGCCGGUGGACCUGCAGAACAGGCUGUUCAAAUAUUUCACGGAUACGCUCACCACGGUUAUGGAGCAAGCCAAGCGCAACGGUCGCUUCGACCUGGGCAUCCUGGACCUCGGCAGCGCGGGCGAGAGCGUGCGCCGCGCGCGCUGCGUGCGCUUCCUGCGCCGCCACGCCACCGGCCAGGCGCCCGUCGAGCUCCACACCGUGCACUCCGAGCGCGGCAUGGACUGGACAGAGGCCCUGGAGAAGUGGUCGGAAGCGGGCAGCCCCAAGGAAGGCUUCUACUUAUCACAGCACGCGCGGAACAACAAGCACACGUGCGUGCUGUGCCUGGCCGCGCCCUCGCACAAGAAGGAGAAGCUCAGCAAGCGCGAGCUCAUGUUCCACAUAUACAGGCCAAACACAGGGUUGCAGCUGCGGCAAGAGUCGCUGGCUGAGAUCGAGAAGAAGUACAAGAAGGUUGAAAGCGAGGAGGCCGAGAGCUCGUGGCGCGCGCAGUACGCCGCGUCGCUGCGCGUCUGCAGCCACGCCUACUGGCGCGGCGUGUGCCGCAACGCCGCCGACUGCGAGGUGGGGCUCCGGCAGCGCACGUACCACGUGCUGGCGGGCUCGGUGCUGGCGGUGUGGGCGCGCGUCGAGAGCGUGCUGGCCGCGCGCAGCCAGCUCAACAAGAUGCAGGUCGUGCGCAUCAAGACCGCGCAGGGACUCAAGAUCGUGGGUGAGUGUCCCAGCAGUGGGCCCACACAGCUGGCCGCGCGCAGCCAGCUCAACAAGAUGCAGGUCGUGCGCAUCAAGACCGCGCAGGGACUCAAGAUCGUGGGUGAGUGUCCCAGCAGUGGGCCCACACAGCUGGCCGCGCGCAGCCAGCUCAACAAGAUGCAGGUCGUGCGCAUCAAGACCGCGCAGGGACUCAAGAUCGUGGGUGAGUGUCCCAGCAGUGGGCCCACACAGCUGGCCGCGCGCAGCCAGCUCAACAAGAUGCAGGUCGUGCGCAUCAAGACCGCGCAGGGACUCAAGAUCGUGGGUGAGUGUCCCAGCAGUGGGCCCACACAGCUGGCCGCGCGCAGCCAGCUCAACAAGAUGCAGGUCGUGCGCAUCAAGACCGCGCAGGGACUCAAGAUCGUGGGUACACUCAUCCCAAAGAACUGCGUGGAGCCGUUGAAAGAAGCUCUCUCCUCCGACGCGGUCUCCGUCACCGAGCAGAAGUUCGAGACGGACGCGCUGAAGUGAACCUUCCGGCGUCCGCACUAAGCACACUUUGGCGCGGCCCGCUCAGUUCCUUUCGUUCGCACCAGUAUAAGCUGACCUCGGUCGAGCCGGGCUAGGGUAUUAGUUUAAGUUUUCGGCCGCCAUCUUUGAAGGAAUUGAGGUAAGAGACGGUUAUUUCAAACUGUUAUACGACCAGCUAAUCGCUGGAUGAUGUACAUUUUUUUUUAAACUUGGCUUCAUGCCUUUUAGUCCAGUCUACUAAAAUCUCUCGUUGCUUCUCGAUCUUAAAACAAUCCAAUAAGCUUCAAAUUCGCUUCAAACUUGGUGGCAACUAUAUUCCCACUACCCACUGGGUAAGCCGGCUCCCUGAUUCAGCCCAAAGAGUUUGAGCCAGUAUUCGGUGUAGAAUGAGGCAGUUGACGGCAGUCAAUUAGGCACGACUGAUAAGGAUAGAGGUGAAGCGGAGAUAGAAUAGUUUUGUACUUGAUGGCUCACGCGUGUGUAGGCCGGCCGCUGCUUUGAGCGUUUUCCCGCCGCGUUUAUUUACUUAGAACGUUUGUUAACAUAACAGAAUGUUCUUAUAAUGCGAUUAACUUCGCUGGUUCCUGCCCAAAGCAGCGGACGGCCUAUUAGAACUGGUCAGAUAUAUAAUUAUACAGUUUUUCACUCUCCAAAUACUGUAAGAUGUUACAGAAAGUUUUAUAUUAUUAUAUGUAAUUCAAAAAAUAUAUCUACGUAGAGUAGAGACGAAAUCCUAUUAGCCUAUAUCUGCAUGCGUAGAAUAAGGUAAACUAAAUCUGUUUGUCUGUAAAUAUUUUGGCUAUCCUACACGUAAGGAAUUUAUAACACAUAACAGGGAUAAGUUAAGGUUAAAGCUGUAUUUACAAUGCUACGGGGCAAUGUGAAUAUAUCUUUAGUGCGUUGACAGUGAUUCGCACGGGAUAUGGCGGUCUAUAGAUUUGUUUUGGGUAGCAGAAAAAAAGAAAACAUGAAUAACUCAAGUUUUCUUGAUAAAAAAUUAAAUACGAUAUUUAUUUAGUCGGAAGACCUCAAUAGAAAUAUUGAAUGCCUUAUUUA